AUGUCGUCGACUUCAUCAUCUGAUGAUGAUAAUGAUGAAAAUCGUCUUGAUUCAAAUAAUAUUCAAUUACUAGCUGCUCAAAAAAACUUAAUUUAUAAACAUCCAUUAUUUUCUGUACUUGUCUAUGUACUUGAACGAUGCGAACAAGCUACAUCAAAUCCACCAUUAUUAUUAAAUAAUAACGAGUCGUUUACGCCAUCAUCAUCAUUUGAACAUAAUUUAAAAAUAUUCUUAUCGAAAAAUCCUGACCUAUUAACAACACCGAAACAUAAUGAUGAAGCAUCGUCAGUAAUUGAUAAUUUUUAUAUUGAUGCAAUGCAAGUUCUUCGUAUACAUCUAUUGGAACUCGAUAAAGUCAAUGAUUUAUGUCGGGAUUUUUGUCAACGUUACAUAGCUUGUCUUAAAGUUAAAUUAAAUGCAAAUAACAUUUUUACCGAUGAUGAAGAUGACGAUGACGAAGAUUUUCAAUCGAAUAUUGAUGAUAAUUUUGAAUCGAGUGAAGAAAAUGAUGAUGAUGAAUUUACAAUUAAUGAUAAAAGUAUUUUAAAAGAACAAUAUUAUGGUAAACAGUCAGUAGUGCACAAUGGUCUAAAUCCUAUGUCCAAUCCAUAUACAACACAAUUCAAUGGUCAAACACCUUUUUCACAAAUAAUGUCUAGUGGUCCAUCGCAUGACAUUGAUUCUUCCUCGCUGCUAUUUGAUUCAUUUUGUACAAAGAGACGAAAAUCAUCAAUAAUGGUUUCAUCGUCAUCAUCACCGUCGAAACGUGGUGUUCUUCCUAAAAGUGCAACAUCAAUAAUGCGCAGUUGGCUGUUUCAACAUAUUGUUCAUCCUUAUCCAACGGAAGAUGAAAAACGAGCAAUAUCACAGAAAACGAAUUUAUCUUUACUUCAAGUAAAUAAUUGGUUUAUAAAUGCACGUCGACGAAUUUUACAACCAAUGCUUGAAGCAUCGAAUCCUGACCUAGCAGCUAAUAAAAAGAAGAAACGGUAUGAAGCCGAAUCAGAUGAUCAACAUCAUCAUCAUCAUCAUACUCCUAAUCGACAAAUAUCGAAUAUAAAUCGUUAUUGGCCAUCAAGUUUAGCUCAAUUUAAUACGACAACAGGAGAUCAACGUGACAAAUAA